AUGGCAGAAGCUACGAUUAAAGUUUUUAUUUGUGGUCCAUCCCAUAUUAUAGAAUCAUCUGAUUAUCAAUUGCCUAUUCCGAUAUCAUUUAUAUUCAGCUUAGAAAAAUUGAUUAAUGUGAUAGCCCAUCGAUCUACAUCUGAUGAUUUGAAUUUGCAACACUACAUUGUACUUUUUCCUGAUUUGAUUGAAAAUGACGAAGAUAGAAUCUAUACCAUAUUGGAAGAAAAUCGCCAUGUUUUUGCAGUCUUUCAAAUUCGAACGGAUCUGUCAGCACCGGAUAAUAUAUAUACAAAGCUCAGAUACAUUAGAAGAGAAUCAGCUACAAUGGCGGUGUCUAUGAAAGCAAUUCAGUUUUUCAAACAUGAAGCUGAAAAACAAAGAAACUUAAAUCAACUAAAUUUAACAGACAUUUAUUUAAGACGAGCAGAGAAAACCAAAGAAUGGCUAAUGUCAACCAUACGAGCUGAACCAUGCCACAUACUUUUAAUACCUCUCAACACGGACUAUGAAAAUCUAUUCGAUUGUAUUGACGAAUUAAGAAAACAUUGCACCCGCUUAGGCUAUUCAUCAGUGAUCAUACGUUCAUUGCAUGAAUAUAUCCCUAAAGAUGAACUCUAUGAUAAACUACCUUACGGAAAAAUUAUAUUUGAAAAUGAACACCCGACCAAUAUAUGUCGUUGGUUAAGGGAGUUGUCACCCAUACGAAUGUAUUUGUAUGGCAAUGAAGAAAGUAUCCAAAGUGAAUGGAGUAAACAAAUGAUUGCAGAUGAAACUGACCAUGCUAGCAAGUACAUUGUUGAUGAUGAUAACUGGCAUACAUUUAUCGAACACGAAUCAAUUCACGAGAAUAUUAAAUGGAAUUUUCAUGUUAAAUAUGGUCAAACAUGGAAAAUAACUCAAUACGUCCCGAUUAAACUGAAUAAUAUAUCUCAAAAUCUUCGCUUUCGAUCAUCUCUUCGACGUGCACAUAUGACAUUCAGUACACGACAAACAACUGUGACAGCACAAGUAUACAGAUGGUUUGAGCAAUGUAAACAGUAUGGAUAUCUUCCGGAUGAAUUUGAAAUACGUCCACAAUAUGCAUCGAAACCACUUGUGUUGCAUCAAGCCAGAGAAGUGCAGCCUCUUGUACUAAAAUCCGGUUCAUAUCAAUACAUGAAUUUUUUCGACGAUACUCUUCAAGAAAAAAGUGAUUUUAAUUAUUCAACCUGUUUUAAGCAGUUUGCAUGUGUACCAAAUACUCUAAAAUUGAGCAACAUAACACUAGGAAGCGCGGCACAUUCGAGAAAAACAAACUUUGAUGUAUUUAGUUGCUUUGAUAAAUCCUACGAAGUAAAUACUGAUUAUCCAAAAUCAUCUGAUCGAACAUACAUAUGGCUUGAAGCUAAUCCUUUUCAUGUCGAAGAACGUUUCCGCAACUUGAUUCAUCCAUAUGAAUGGCAAUAUUUUAAAGUAGUUGACGCAUGUCAACAUUACAUUAUGAAUCAACAGUUACAAUACGAUUCAAAGAUCUUUUUAAUAGCAAGAAGUUCCCUUGCUGAAGAGCUGUUUAGAUUUGAACAUGUCGCAAAAAUAUGUAAUACUUAUCUAUAUUCAAGUCAGGAUGAGCUAUUCACUCCAUGGAUUCAAUGUUUUCCAGUAAUACGAGGAAAUUAUCACAAUUUGGAUGCACUUUACGAACAAUUCAGUUCAGAUUUAGAAUGCAGUGUUGAAUUGAGUUCGUACGUUCAUCAGAUACAGGACAACGAGAGUUCAUCACCGAUUGGAGUUUUUCAAUCAAACUCUAAAUUUCUAUGGCAUCGAAUGUUUGUCGAUAUCUUACUACAAAUGAAACCACCUACAGAUGCUAAAAGUGACUUAAUUGAAACAUUGCGUCGAACAUCAUAUAAGAUCGAUGUCAAUCCCGCCCAAAUAGAUGAAUUCAAGCGAGACUAUCAAUCAAAUGCAGCCAUUCAAUGGUAUACACGAGAUACUUUCCUAUACCGUCUUAUUAAUCAAGCACUACGUUGUGAAGAUACUGAGACACUCUUCGCCUGUCGAUUAUUUAUUACGGACUUGCAGAAUCAAUUAUCUGAACUUCACGAAGAGACAAUUCGUUCAAACAGUCCUUCAGACAACACAAUAAUAACAUCUUAUCGUGGACAAUUCAUGUCCUCGUCCGCAAUUGAACAAUUCAGAGAGAACAUUGGAAAUCUUAUAUCAACAAAUGCGUUUCUUUCAACUUCACUAGCAUUUGAUAUUGCAGUAAUGUUUGCUGGAGGAUCUGGAUCGAAAAGUACAACAUCAUUACAAACAGUUUUAUUCUGUGUAGAAAUCGAUCCUAAAAUUGAAAACACUCGGCCAUAUGCACAAAUCAAACAUUUUUCGAACUUCCAAGAAGAAGAUGAAGUUCUCUUUGCGGUUGGUACCGUAUUUCGCAUAGAAAAAUUUGAUACGUUAUCUGUUACUAACGAUGUAUUGGUUAUACAUCUGCAAAUGGUAGAUGAAAAUGAAGUACCGUCAAUCUCAUUCGAUUUUUCACAAUUGCAACCCUUUGAGCAAAUCCAGGAUCGAAUCUAUGCAUUUAUCAGUUUAGCAGCCUUAUUCGAAAGAGAUAAUCAAUCAAAACAUGUCAAAACAAUACUCGAGAAAACUAAAGUUCUGUUCUUUGAUACGACAGAUGAAUUUGAAGCGUACGCAAGAUCGUUACCGUACACUCAACAAUUCGUUGCUUUUGUUAAUUCGGAAGCGCAUGUUCCUCAUCAAUACCAACCAACAAAAGUUCUGUCCUACGUCGAAAAUGAAACACAUUUUAACGAUCUGAUCUACCAACUGAUGAUUGAAAUGAAAAAUGAUGAACAAGUUCCAGAAUAUGUCACACAUUUGUACACCGAUUUAGCGAAUGUGUACUGUCCUUCAGAUGAAAAUACUUUCUAUGUUUAUCUUUUACGUUCUUCGACUUGCAAGAAGGAUUCAGAAAGGAAGUUGACAACGAAUUUUUCUGUCUCAUCUAUUGUAACCUUUUAUCAACUUGAUCCAUGCCUUGAUUUUUUGCAAUCAUUAUCUCAACCCUCCGAACUUGGCAAUGUAAUUCUAAUAUUUCAAUGUGAUGAUGAAGAUCUUGAUAGUCCUUGUGAUCAAUUCGAAAAAGUGAAUUCGAUUCGAAAUAUUUAUUUAUGUUCGAAAAACGCUUUCAAUAUAAAGUCGCGAAGAAUUCUUCUUGGAAAGUUUUUAAAUGAGCAUGAUCUUCAUGCACAGUUGUAUUCAGACCAUUUAUGCAACGCAUUUGCACAAACAAGCGAACAAUUGCAGGUGCAUGGAAACAAGACAAAGGCACUUGAUCAUUUAAAACAAUCUGAACACUUUUCUGAAAUAUUGAAAUCAUAUAACAACGAAACACAAACGUUUUUUGAAUAA